AUGUCUUACGAUGACCGCGCCAAUGCGCGCCCUAACCUGAAUGACGAGUCUGAUGUCGAGGAGGAGGCUCUGGUCAACGACUACCGUGAACAGGUCAACUACGAAGAUGGCAUGAGUGAGCUGGACCGGACAACAUCUCUCGGUGGCUCGCAGGCCCAGGACCUGCAGGCACAACUCGCCGCUGCUGCUACCCCGCUGGAAUACCAGGCGACCCUCGAGACCAAAUUCGCCAGUUAUGACAACUACUGCAGCCUGUUUCACUACAUCCUGAACUCGGAAGGUCCCGUCGAUCUGGAGGUUCCCUCGUACUACUGGGCCUGGGAUGUCAUUGACGAGUUCAUCUAUCAAUUCGAAUCGUUCUGCCGUUACCGCAACCGAGUUGCCCGCAGUGGCUCCAACGAGGAGGAGGCCCAGCUGCUCCGCGAGAACCCCAACACCUGGGGGUGCUAUUCCGUGCUGAACGUCCUGUACUCACUCAUCCAACGCUCCCAGAUCAACGAGCAGCUGGCCGCCAUGAAGCGGAGUGAAGACCCUGUGGCCUUCGCUGGCGAGUACGGCUCCCGCCCUCUCUACAAGAUGCUGGGAUACUUUUCCAUCAUCGGCCUGCUGCGUGUGCACUGUUUGCUCGGUGACUUCAGCCUUGCCCUGAAGACCCUCGAUGAUAUCGAGAUGAACAAGAAGGCCAUGUUCGCCCGGGUGAUGGCCGCCCACUUCACCACCUACUACUAUGUGGGUUUCUCCUACAUGAUGAUGCGCCGCUACGCCGACGCCAUCCGCAUGUUCAGCCACAUCUUGGUGUAUGUGUCACGGACGAAGAAUUUCCAGAAGGGCGGCAACAACUAUGAUGCCAUUGCCAAGAAGAACGACCAGAUGUAUGCCCUCAUCGCCAUCUGCGUUGCCCUGCACCCCACCCGUCUGGAUGACACCAUCCACUCCGCCGUGCGCGAAAAGUACGGCGAGCAGUUCCACCGCAUGCAGCAUGGCGGCCCCGAGGCCCUGCCCGUCUUCGAGGAGCUUUUCCGCUCCGCCUGCCCCAAGUUCAUCAGCCCCACCCCUCCGGACUUCGAGAACCCGGCUUACAAUGUCGACCCUGUCGACCACCACACCGCCAUCUUCAUGGAUGAGGUCAAGAACACCCUCUUUAACCCCACCAUCCGUUCCUACCUGAAGCUCUACACCACCAUGGACCUGAAGAAGCUCGCUGGCUUCCUCGAAGUGGAGCCUGAACAGCUCCGCUCCUGGCUGCUUGUGAACAAGCAGCGCAGCCGCCAGAUCCGCUGGGUCGAGGGUGGCCUACUGGAGGGUGAUGCUGUCAUCGCCAAUGAUCUUGACUACGCCCUUGAGGACGACCUGAUCCACGUUAGUGAGACCAAGGCCGGCCGUCGCCUGGUGGACUGGUACCUGCGCAACCUUGCCCGUGUCUACUAA